CUCCUUCCCAUGCUUGGCUUUCCGCCCUCUAGCGGCAGACAGCUGGCGCCCAUUCGGCGUCACAGCUCCGGGCUUGACGGGCUCCUUCCGUCCCGCUGUCAGAGUGGAACUUCCCUCCAGUCGGAUACCGCAAGACGAAGCGUGGACUCUCGGGGGAGGUUCUCCUUGGUUCCCCCGCUGCCGCUUCUUCCUACGCUUCUUUUUCCCCUCCCGGUGAGAUGAGGCGGAGGGAAAAAAGGCUGCUGCAGUUCGCCGGGCUUCUCGUAGCGGCUUUCAUCUUCCUCCCCAACGUCGGCUUGUGGUCGUUAUACCGGGACCGGGUGUUCGACAACCCACCGGACGCGGCGGCGGCGGCGGCAGGGGCGGACGGCCAGGGUGUCAGACCGCAGCUUCAGGUUGUUAGCAAACUGCGGAAGGACAAUCAAGUGGACAGGAAUGGUCUUCAGAGGAAAGACUGGCACAACUAUGAAGCCAUCAAAAGGGAUGCCUCCAGAUCUGGGAACGGCGAGCAGGGCAAGCCGUUCCCCCUGACGGACGCUGACCGGGUGGACCAGGCCUACAGGGAGAACGGUUUCAACAUUUACGUCAGCGACAGGAUCUCCCUCAAUCGGUCCAUCCCUGACAUCCGACAUCCCAACUGUAAACAGAAGCUGUACGCCGAGAAGCUGCCCAGCACCAGCAUCAUCAUCCCGUUCCACAACGAGGGUUGGUCGUCGUUGCUGAGGACCGUCCACAGCGUCCUCAACCGCUCGCCUCCGCAGCUCAUCGCCGAGGUCAUCCUGGUGGACGACUUCAGCGACAAAGAGCACCUCAAAGCAGCCCUGGAUGAGUACAUGAUCCGCUUGCCCAAAGUGCGCAUCCUGAGGAACAAGAAAAGGGAAGGUCUGAUCCGGACUCGUCUGCUGGGCGCCGCCGCCGCCAAGGGCGAGGUCAUCACCUUCUUGGACUCGCACUGCGAGGCCAACGUUAACUGGCUGCCGCCGCUACUCGACCGAAUCGCCCAGAACCGGUCUCCGGUGAUGGCAGGAGGCCUGUUCGCCAUGGACAGGAAGUGGUUCUGGGAGCUGGGAGGCUACGACACGGGUCUGGAGAUCUGGGGAGGAGAGCAGUACGAGAUCUCCUUCAAGGUAUGGAUGUGUGGCGGGCGCAUGGAAGACAUCCCGUGCUCCCGGGUGGGACACAUCUACAGGAAGUACGUCCCCUACAAGGUGCCUGGAGGGGUUAGCCUGGCCAGGAACCUGAAGCGAGUGGCCGAGGUGUGGAUGGACGAGUACGCCGAGUACGUGUACCAGCGGCGGCCCGAGUACCGCCACCUGUCUGCGGGCGACAUCGCGGCGCAGAAGGAGUUGCGGAGCCGCCUGGGAUGCAACAACUUCAAGUGGUUCAUGAGCGAGGUGGCCUGGGAUCUGCCCGAGCACUACCCGCCCGUGGAGCCGCCUGCCGUCUUCUGACUCUCGCGUCGGUCGCAGAUCCGAAACGAGGCGAGCGGCAUGUGCAUGGAGACCAAGCACUUUGUGUCGGGAAGCCCCAUCCGCCUGGAAAACUGCGGCAAGGCGCGGGGCGACGUCAGCUGGAGCCACGGACAGGUGUUCACGUUGGGCUGGCGCCAGGACAUCCGCGUGGGCGACCCCAUGCACACCAAGAAGGUUUGCUUCGACGCCGUCUCCCACAGCAGCCCCGUCACGCUGUACGACUGUCACGGCAUGAAGGGAAACCAGCUGUGGCGCUACCGCAAGGAUAAGAGCUUGUACCACCCGGUGAGCAACAGCUGCGUGGACGGCAACGCGGCCGAGCGGCGCCUCUUCAUGAACACGUGCGACCCGUCCUCGCCCGGCCAGCGUUGGCUCUUCGAGAAGAUCAACGGCACCGUUCUGGAGCGCUUCAACCGCCGCGCGGCCGAUUGAACGCCGCCCGCCCCGGUACAACCCGCUGCUGCUGUUUACGCUCUGCCCCCCCACCCGGGGAUAGACGCCGCCCUCGUGGGCCCCGACUUUGAUUGAUGGCAUUUGACGCCGCGUUCUUACUCCUGGCUAUCCCCCCCUCCCUGCCCCCCCAACCCCGUCCCUCCUUUCUUCGCCUUAUUUUUCCUGCCUUUUCUUCACCGCCGAGUUCCUUAUCUCAUCCUGCCUGUCCUCGCCCUUUCUGGCCUGACUGCCUCUGACCGCCGCCCCCGACACCCCCCGCUCCCUUCCCGUCACCAAAGACAUGGCCAAGAACCGCUUACCUGCCCAAUGAAUGACCCCCUCGCCCCC